CUUCUUCUUCUUCUUCUUCUUCUUCUUCUUCUUCUCCUCUUCGUACCCUCCGUCAUCAACAGGACCUCUCCUGCAACGACACAUCAUGACACAUCCGACAGGCGCAUCCCCCACCAACGCCACUUCCAAACCCUCUGUGCUGAUCGUGGGCGGACUCGGCUACAUCGGUCGAUUUCUAGCAAAGUACAUUCAUUCUCAAAAUCUUGCUUCCUCCGUGCGCAUUGUCGACAAGGUUCUUCCACAGUUGGCCCACCUUGCGCCAGAAUUCAGCGAACCAUGUUCACCACAGUUCUUCAUACAGGCCGAUGCCUCGCGUGAGACUUCGAUGUCGCGCAUUUUCGAUCAUCCAGACGGACCAGAUGCCACUUGGGAUUAUGUCUUCAACCUCGCAGCGGAGACGGCCUGGUCACAGACUCCUGAAGUAUACAGAUUGCGAUCGUAUCAAGUCAGCCUCACGUUGGCCAGAGAGGCAGCGACACGAGGGGUGAAGUCCUUUGUGGAAGUCAGCACGGGCGUGGUCUACGCCCCGAACCGGAGCCCGCGCACGGAGCAGGACAAACUGAAACCAUGGCUGAAAAUCGCCAAGGUCAAGCUAGAGGCUGAACAGGAGCUGUCUCGCAUCCCGGGGUUGAACCUGGUCAUCCUACGUCCUGCGCAUGUCUAUGGAGAGUACGACUCCAAAUUCAUCGCAAAGGCAUUGUGCAUGGCACGAGUCUACAAGGAAGAGGACAAGGAGCUGAAGUGGCUCUGGACCGAGGACCUGAAGAUCAACACCGUUCACGUCGAGGACAUGGCUCGAGCGUUGUGGGAAGCUGCGGUGUGGAGGUCAACCAACUCGGUCGUACCCGCGGGCUCACCGACCACCAGCAGGAGAUCAACGCUGGGUUCGAAAGGCGAGGAGGGGCCUGGCAAUGUUCCCGUCUUCAAUAUCGUCGACCACGGUCAAACAAGUCAAGGUGACAUGGCAGAAAUCUUCUCCCAAGUUUUCGGUAUCAAGACCGGCUUCCAGGGGUCUAUGAUCUCUCAAUUCGCAAGGCUGCAUCUCGAGAGUGUCGUCGACGAGCUGAAUGAGGAUCUGUUGCAGCCAUGGGCCGAUAUGCUGGAGCAAAAGGCCAUCACCAAACCUGGCCCACUGACUCCUUUCUUGGAGAAGGAACUGCUCAAGGACGCGGACCUCAGUCUGGAUGGGGCUUUGUUCGAAAGGGUCGCCGGGUUCAAGUACGAACAUGAAAAGUUGACGGCUGAUGAGAUCAGAGCGAUGAUUGCCAGUUACGAGAGGAUGGGAUGGUGGCCUUGAUGAUGAUGAUGAUGAUGUUGUGUGUGUGUAAUGGGGCGAAUUCGAGGAUAGAGGCUUGAGGGUGAGAAGCAGAGAGGAGAUUUGUUUUCGGCUGGGGGUCUCUUGUCGACUGAACACCUGCUUGCAAAUUCUCUGCUGCUGCUGUUGUUGCUUUAACGGCCUGUAAUGAUUGCGGUGACCAGCCCGCUCUUAUGGAAAACCUUGUGUUUAUAAUAACGCGAGCAUAGCGAGGUUGGAGUUUGUUUUUGUCCUUGUCUUGUAUGGCCUGGUUUCGGAGGGUUUUCGUAGCAUGAAAAGUCGGAUUUAACGGCGGU